AUGAUAAAUUUUUGGAAAAUGAUAGUACAAGUUUUUUGAGUGAAAGCUUAAUAUCAGAGAAUUUUGGAACUGAAAAUGAAAUUGGAUUUGAAAAAGUAUACAUGAUGACUGAUAUAAGUGAAAACGAAGAGCUUAACUGGGAGAAUAUUGACAUAGAUAUUGAUAAAAGUAAUGUGACUUCAAUACCAGUAUUAGAACCAGAAUCAGAAGAACUAACAGAAGGAACAAUAUACUUAAUUGAGGAUUUACAAAUAGAUUCACAUUCAGAGUUAAGUCAAAACAAUUCUGUAAAGCUUCAGUGUCGACAAACCACUGAUAAUGAAAAAGAAAUUCUUAAUGUCAUACUUAAUGAUGAAAGUUUUUCCGAAAUCAAAGCUUUGGAAAUUCUAGAUCAACUUACUAGUCAAAAUAAAGAAUAG